AUGAAGUCCUUUAUGUCGUUUGUCAAUGCAACAGUUGACUGCGGACUAACAAACGGGGGAUGUUACAGGAGUAAGCUGUUUUUUGUUGAAAGGAGGGGGAGGAAGUAUAUACCGUUUUAUGACUCGAAAAGGGACAAAAAGAAAAAGGAAAAAGGGAAAGAAACUGAAGUAAAGGAUGUGGGUAUAGCGAAUAAAGUGGGUGUAGCAGACGAAGUGGGUGUAGCGGACGAAGAGGGUAAAAUCAGGAAAAUGAGCAAAGUGGGAAAAACUGCCGAAAUAAAUAGAAAUAAUGUAUUGGAGGAAGGAGGAAAGAGAACAGGAGUAAAAUCUCCAUGCGAGAAUUUUGUCCCUACAUUAUCGCCCAUGAGUGGUCUAAAAAUAUUGUACAGCUUAAAAGAGAGUAGUAGGUACCCUAUUGGAGGAAGUGGUAAUAAUAAUGGUGAGGACCCCUUGAGUAAAAAUGGGAAAAUAAAUCUUAGCUUAAUAAUAAAAAUAGAUAUAAAAAGAGAGUCUUUAAGAGGAAUGUGUAAUCUUGCACAUAGUGUAGACAAGAAUAAAAAAAUUCUGGUUUUGGUAGAUGAAGAUAUUGAAAUUUUAAAAAACUCUGGAGCACAUUAUGUAGGAUUAGAAUAUAUUAAUAAAAUAAAAAAUGGAUGGCUAGAUUUUAAUAUAUGUAUAACGAAUUUUAAAAAUAUAAAUAAAAUAUUACCUAUUGCAAAAAUAUUGGGACCAAAAAAGCUUAUGCCUAAUAUUAAAUCUAAUACACUUGUAGAUAAUAUUAAAGAGACGAUUAUAAAAAUAAAAGGUGGAAAUACCAUUGAAUAUAGAAGCGAACAAAUAGACAUAAAUACAUAUGACUUAUAUAAUAAAAUAUAUAAUUUUCAAAAUGUUAAUAUAAAUUCCAUGGCACAUAUAAUUGUACAUAUCGCUUCUACCGAUAUGCAAUUUUAUAAUAUAUUAGAUAAUAUUAAAUAUUUUGUAAACCAUGUUAUUAAAACUAAUACACAUGCAAGUCAUACAGAAAAGGAAACCAACUGUACAUUUACAUGGCCACCUAUUACUUCGAAAAAAAAAAAAAAGAGUAAAUUAUCUUCACAAAACAGUAGUUUACUUAAUAAUAGUCAAGAACAACACUCCGAGUCUUUUAUACUCGGGGGGUACCUAACCAUCGAUGGUUUUCCAAAAUUUUUUCUUAAGCCACAGUCCUUGCAUCCCCUCUCAGAUGGAUACAUUCAUUAG